ACUUCGUGAAAGAGACCAGAUCUUUCAAUUCCAAUUGGCAAAAUCUGGGAAACAUACGUGUUUAAUAGUGAAACAAACCAAGGUGCUAUAAAUACCAAUGCCCUGAACCUUCAAUUUUCGAGAAGAGAGAUGGUGAAGGAACUUGCAGCUAGAAAGUGUUCUCAUUGUGGGCACAAUGGCCAUAAUUCUAGGACUUGCAGUGGAAAGGGUGGAGGCUGUUUAAAGUUGUUCGGGGUAAAAAUAAUUGAGAAACAAGAAAAACCCAUUAAAAGAAGUGUUAGUUUGGGCAAUCUAGAUUCUUUACCAGACACAGGCGAUGCUGAUCACCAUGAUCAUGCUGAUGAUGGGUACAUGUCGGAUGGGUAUAUCGAUUCCAAGAGAUGCAAGGCAGCACAUAAAAGGAAAAAGGGGAAGCCCUGGACUGAAGAGGAGCAUAGAAUCUUUUUGGAAGGAUUAGACAAGCUUGGGAAAGGUGACUGGAGAGGAAUUUCUAAGAAUUUUGUGACCACCAGGACCCCAACCCAGGUCGCUAGUCAUGCACAAAAGUAUUUCCUGAGACAAUCUGCAGCUGAUAAGAAGAAACGUAGAUCAAGUCUCUUUGAUAUGACCCUGAGAGAAUCUGUAUUAGCAUCACAGCCACAGGAACUUUCUAUUUUCCCUGCUAGCACUUCAUCACAGGCUACCACCUCUUCAGCUUUGCCAUUGAAGAAGACUACUGAAGUCCAAUCAAAUGUUAUUACCCGAGCUCAGGUUAUUAACAAAUUCCCUCAUCUUUUCUUGGAUAAUCCCGUUCCCAUGGCUAAUCCUUCAGUUGUACCUAUUGCUGUUUCAAGUUAUGCUGGGAUUCCAUAUAUGCUAGGAUUCCCUAGCAACAGGCAGAGCUAUCUGGCUGGUAAAAACAUACAAGCUGCACCAUUCCUUCAUAUGGUGAACUACAAUUGUUCGGGGCUAGGCUAUCCUUUUACAUCCAAGAGCCCUGGAAGUUUUACUACUUGUGCACCUAUUCCUACUCACCCUUCUGGUAUUCCUACACCAAGAUCAUUUCCCGUAAACUAUUUGCAAGAGGGUCCAUCAAAUUCAUCAUCAAGUUAAUCAUUUCCCUUAAAGUGGACCACCUCUUCUCAUAAACUGUUUGCAGGAAGGUCCGUCAAGUAAAAUUGGAUCACCUCCUCAAUCCCCUCAAGGAGCAUUUCAGGCUUCAGAGCCCAUUAGUGCGAUCUGAAAAAUUUUUGGUUUAGAAUUAUGAGCGUAAGUCAGUUGGUUUCCAUGAAUAAAGUUUUGGUUUAUUAUAUUUUUUCGGCUUCAGUUUUAGUUUAUAUUUCUCUGGGUGAUAAUGAUUAACUUUCGUGUGUUUAGUUUUAGAGUCAUAGGAUAAAUUGGAAAUCGUAGUUUGCUUUUUGGCCAGGUCUGCUAUCUUGUGCAAUUGUUGAAAGAAAUUCAUUUUAUAUAAUACAAUUUGAUGUCUCUACA